GGUGGGUGGCGGGAUGGGCGAUGGGCGGGAGAGAAACCGAGGGAGAGCUGGGCCCCGGAAGGCGUUGACCUGGAGGAAGGGCACUUUGGCUAAGUCGUCGUUCUGUGAAGAAGCAUAAUUUGUUCACUUGUGUAUAAGUUGCUGGCGUUUAGUCUGCUUCUGUUUGGAGUCAAGAACUAUCUGAUAGGCCUUGGUGUCCUGUUACAUAUAAACCACGCCACAGAACACCAACAUCAGGCGAGGCCACACGUGACCACAGUGGAUCAGGACAAAACCCAGACUGCUUGAUAAUCCUGUCCCAACUGAGAUACAACCUGCUGGAGUAGCACUUCAAAGCAAACCUGAUGCGCCCACUCCAGAUUGUUCCAAGCCGAUUCAUUUCCCAGCUGUGUUGUAGACUGAAGCCUCCGGCCUCCCCACAAAGCAAGAUCUGCCUCACCAUGGCUCGUCCAAGUUCAAAUAUGGCAGAUUUUCGGAAGUGUUUUGCAAAUGCAAAGCACAUAGCCAUCAUCUCAGGGGCUGGUGUUAGUGCGGAGAGUGGGGUUCCAACUUUCAGAGGAGCUGGAGGUUAUUGGAGAAAAUGGCAAGCUCAGGACCUGGCGACUCCUCAGGCCUUUGCCCGCAACCCGUCUCAGGUGUGGGAGUUCUACCACUACCGGAGGGAAGUCAUGCAGAGCAAGGAACCCAACCCGGGGCACAUAGCCAUUGCCCAGUGUGAAGCUCGGCUGCGUGACCAGGGCCGCCGGGUUGUGGUCAUCACCCAGAACAUUGAUGAGCUGCACCGCAAGGCUGGCACCAAGAACCUGCUGGAAAUCCACGGAACCUUAUUUAAAACUCGGUGCACCUCUUGUGGCGCUGUCGCUGAGAAUUACAAGAGUCCAAUUUGUCCAGCGUUAGCAGGAAAAGGGGCUCCAGAACCAGAGACUCAAGAUGCCAGGAUCCCAGUUGACAAACUUCCCAGGUGUGAGGAGGCAGGAUGCGGUGGCUUGCUGCGACCUCAUGUGGUGUGGUUUGGAGAAAACCUGGAUCCUGCUGUUCUGGAGGAGGUGGACAGGGAACUGGCUCUCUGUGACCUGUGUCUAGUGGUGGGAACAUCCUCUGUGGUCUACCCCGCUGCCAUGUUUGCCCCUCAGGUGGCUGCCAGGGGAGUCCCAGUGGCUGAGUUUAACAUGGAAACCACCCCGGCCACCAACAGAUUCAGGUUUCAUUUUUCAGGACCCUGUGGGACAACUCUUCCGGAAGCCCUUGCUCCUCAUGAAACUGAAAGGAUUUCUUAAUUACCCUGUGCAAAGAGGAGAAGAUCGUGUCGCACAUAACCAGGGCACCAGCAGGAGAGGUGGUUCUGUGGCUGGUGAACUGAACUUUGGAAAGUCUAAAAACACCCUUCGUGUCCCUAGAGGACAGUCCGUCUGUGAAGUGAUCGGGCUUCACCAACAGCAAAUGUAUUUUCUCGGGGGGGGGGGGGGGGGGGGGGGGGGGGGGGGGGGGGGGGGCCCGAGAGGGAGUGGACAGGCUGUCAAGUUCUCCCAUAUCAUCCGAUUUCAACUGAAAUAUGAGUAUUUGGGAUUUGCUGUUCUUGGUCAGUUACUGGGAGGGAAACAUCUGUAAUUAAACUGCUUGAGAAGAAGGUGAUCAUUCCUAAUUGUUUGCAUCUUAGGCAAAGAUAGAAAUAGAGAAUUAAAACACUAAAAGUUAAA